GGAGAACAAACAUCCCGCAUAUUAUGCAAUCAAAAAACAGCAACUACACUCAGCAACUUCUUAUCUCAUUUCGAGACUGUACCAUCGAUUUUCCCUCUCUUGGAAACAUCCUCGAAAUAUUUGGAUUCAGCACCAUCGAAUGGCUUAGAUUGGAAACAAUACUUUUUAUUGGAACUCCACAGGUGGCAAAACAGGAUUCCGACACCAAACUCCCAAUAGCUGACGAUGUCAGAAUACAACUGUCACAGACCUCACAAUAUUUUAUAGAACAUAUUCCUCAUGUGAAGCAUUUGUCGCAUAGAGCAUCCGGAUAUGUAUUGAAGAAUCCGCCAGCAUUCCCACUCGGUGAUGUGUUGAACUUUUACUUGCCACAGCUCCAAACACUAUUUUUAUCCGAUCGUAUACUUCCAGAGAUGGACCACAAGUACUUUUCUUCAUUCCUCACUAGGCUACAUCUUCACAUCAACAGUGAGAGUGCUGAGCAUAUCCCUAAAAUAUAUGCACCCUCACUCGAGUAUCUGAGCCUAUAUUAUUCUGACACUCUACAUUCAUGGCACAUCUUCAGAGCCUGCCUACCUGGAUCUGUUAUUUUCGAAACACUUACGAAGCUUGAAAUCUAUCACUAUCCCAAAAUAUCUGAGUCAACAGAUGAAUCUGACACAUAUCUUCCUUCUAUAUCGUUUCCAAAGCUGCAGGAAUUGCGUUUAGGUUACUAUCCAUUCAAAUAUUCCAACUCUUUCGCUUUAUUCAAGGAUGCACCAAUACAGACUGCCACUAUCACUGAUAUAAUUGAUAGAUUUCAGCUCUCUGCGAUAACCACCUUCAGAGAUGUUCAAACUCUAACCAUUUCUAUAAGAAGCUGGCCGGAUAAAAUGCAUGAUGAAACUACGGUGUCUAUUGCAAAGGAUCUUUUUAGCAAACCGUUCUCUGCUUCCACCGCUAAAAUAAAUAUUCAGACAAGCCUACCAAUUCCACUCCCUGAUACGAUUCUGUGGACAAAGUUAGAAGAGCUGUAUCUCGAUUUUCCCGUCUACCUUUCCGAUCUCAUCCAUAUUCUCCCUCAGCUUCCUCAUUUGCGCUGGCUUCUUGUCGGAGCCAUAUACAGCACUGGAAAUAACCCUGAAAAUACAGAAUUAACACCCAUUUGGAGCAGCACACUCAUUCAACUUAUCCUUUUUUCGAGUGUUGUGGAGAUACCAAUGGUUCCUUCUCUCGACGCAAUGUGCAUUUUGGUGUCUGGAUUACCCUCCCUUCUCAAGCUGGCUGUUCUAGACAAUAUACUAUCUACGGUAAAGGAUGUACUUUCUGAACGCGGCGUUUCCCAGGAAUCAAACGAAAAGGUGCUUCAGGUUGUUGGAUACCGUCCAAAAAGAGCAUGGUUUUAUCAUGAUUUUGGAAUUCCCUACACCGAUAGUCAAGGAAACCAAAUUGUAUAGUAUAUCUAUAUGUAAUGGCUGUGCCAAUAAAUGUUACGUUGUUCAAACAUAAUAUUAAGCUUGAUGGUAUGUGCAUCCUCGAAUAAGAAAAAUGCUGAAUUAUUAGCCAACGUAUACAUAGGGUAAAAAAUAAAACAUCUUCACAGUUAUAUAUUGGCCGACUACAUGCGAUAAUUGACAGAAAGGCUCCUGUUAGCCUCCUGCCAAUUGUAUGGCUAAACUCAUACCAAUACUCGUGUGUGCUUGGCCGGCCGUACCAUGCCUUUUGCCGGCUAGAGACAGGAAAGGACAAAUAUCCGUAUGGGCUUCAACGCGCUGUAAGACAGAGAUGUA